AUGGCAUUGACGAACUUGCGUCUCUUUCAUCCUAAGAACACUGACAUGGUGUAUCGUCAACGACAGGCGACGCCUAUGAAAGCGCCGCCGACCACGCUGUUGAAAAGCCUCUCUAGGAGCGCUGAGACUCUGUCUUCAUUAUCUGCAGGUAAAGAAAUAAAGACUCGAAAAGCGCGUAGCACGGAGCAACCAAGUGCGAAUUUGACCAAGGGGGCCUUCGUACUGCCCUCGCUGGGCAAGUGGGGCGACGAAGACAGCUUGAAGAGCAGGUCAAGGAAUGGAAGCGGCAGCAGUAGAACAGGCAGCGUGGACCGAAGUACGCAAGGCUCUACGAGUAAUCUGAACACUGAUGAAGACAACAUCAAUGUUGUAGUCAGAGUCCGUCCAGUAAACGAUAAGGAGCGCUCGUUACGUGAGCGACAGAUGCUAGAAUUUCCCGGUAAAGGUCAGAUAAUCUGCCACGGGACGGCUUCUGGGCAGAAACCUAAACUGUUCUCGUACAACGUCGUCUUCGAACCGGCGGCUACACAGGAAGACGUUCUAGAAUAUUCUGGAAUAAAGCGUUUGUUAGAAAUGGCGGUUGAAGGGUUUUCGUGUACUGCCUUUUGCUACGGACAGACUGGCAGCGGGAAGACGCAUACUCUGACCGGACCACCGGGGCUGGUGGAGAAUGGAGCUAGCCCGUACUCCCCGGAGCACGGACUCGUCGUGCGCUCCUUCGUGUACCUGUUCCAACUGAUCCGCGAGAGGCCUGACUGUCAUUUUAUACUUAAAGCGUCUUUUUUAGAAAUUUACAAUGAAAAAGUCAUAGACCUACUAAAUCCAGGAAGUUCGAGGAAACCGCUACAAGUGCGUUGGUCCAAGGAGAGUCGCAGUUUCUACGUGGAGAACCUCUUUACAGUUGAUUGUGAACAGUUAGAUGAUUUAUUUGCUGUUCUAGAGGAAGGCAUGCGCAACCGCUCGGUGGGCGCGCACGCGAUGAACGCGCACUCGUCGCGCUCGCACUCGCUGCUGAGCGUGCGCGUGCGGCGCGACGUGCGCGCGCGCGCCGACGUGGCGUGCUCCACGCUCGGCAAGAUCAACUUCGUGGACCUGGCGGGCAGCGAGCUCACCAAGCGCACGCACAGCACCGGCAAGACGCUGGAGGAGGCCAACAACAUCAACCGGAGCCUCAUGGUGCUGGGUUACUGCAUUGCGCAGUUAAGCGACGGUAAGAAGAAAGGCCACAUACCAUACCGGGACAGCAAGCUUACCAAACUUUUGGCUGAUAGUUUAUCCGGGAAUGGAGUUACAUUAAUGAUCGCCUGCAUAGCCCCAACUAAAUCUAAUUUAAGUGAAACGAUCAACACAUUGCGAUACGCGGCUCGCGCUAAGAAGAUUAAGUCCAAACCUAUCGUCAAAAUGGAUGCCAGAGAUGCGCUAAUCCUCAGUCUAAAGAGAGAAGUGGAAGUGUUACAAGCUGAGAACCAUCAUCUUAGAUCUGCCCUUCACGUACAUUCCGAAUACAACGCGGACACAUUAAGUCAAAGAAACAGAAGUACGCCGUCAAUAGAAACAAACAAAUUGUACCAACUUCCACAAUCAGAAUUAGUCGAUCUCGUACAAUUACAUAUGGCAGAGAAUUCAGCGUUAAGACAAGAAAAUACCGAACUAUUUGUGACCAGAGAUCAACUUCUGAGGGAUCAAGAGCUAUUGAGCAGAGAGAAUGAAAGGCUUUUGAAAAAAUUGGAAGAUGUCAAUUCUGUUUGUACUCGAUCUCCAAUAAUACCAGCGAGGCCAACAUAUUCUGAUGUUGGAACGAGCGAUGCAAACAUUUGGACCAACACAGCCAGCUCGGCGGACAGCCUUAUCAGUGAAAGCAGUUUAAAAAAUGGUCCCUUUGCGUAAAAAAGGAGAUAUUAGACUUUUGUAGAAAAAAAAUUAAAAGCUUAGCAAUCUUUUUAAUGAACAGAGAAUAAAAAAUAAAUUAUUUUUAGUGUAGUGUAUAAGUGUUGACAAUACAAUGUGGUAGAUAUUUGCUUGCUAUAUAAAUAUUAUAGAAUUAAAAAUAUAUUUUAAAUUUA